AUGGCGUCCGUCAUCCAGGUCCAGAAUGAGACCAAUAGCUCUGCCUCUCGCGUCACGAAGGAAGGCAAGAAGAUUACGUACGCAUUGCAGGUCAUCCAGCAGCCCGAGCGUGCCAGAGCGUGCGGCUCAGGUGCAAAAUCAUCUGCCGACCGUCGCCCAGUUGACCCUCCUCCAAUUGUCGAGCUGCGUGUGUACGAGGGCGAAGGCCCAAGCAGGCAGGAAAUCACCUUCGCUUACAAUGCAAACUUCUUUCUGUUUGCUACUCUCGAAAAUGCCAGAGCCAUCGCACCAGGACGCGCCCCGCCUACAACUCCGAGUUUUCCUGUCCUCACCGGCACGCCGGUUGCUGGCAUGGCCUACUUGGACCGCCCCAGCCCGGCUGGUUACUUCAUCUUUCCGGAUUUGUCCGUCCGUCACGAGGGCAAGUAUCGCUUGAGCUUUGCCCUGUACGAGGAAUUGAAGGACCCCAAGGAUAUGGAUCCCGACGACCGUUCUGCUUUGAGCGCCCAUCCCCAGGCCGGCGUCGAUGCGCACGUCUCUCACCGUCUGGAGGUUAAAUCCUCUCCCUUCGUGGUCUUUUCGGCGAAGAAGUUCCCCGGCCUUUCUGAAAGCACAGCCUUGAGCCGCAUGGUCGCUGAACAGGGAUGUCGUGUUCGCAUUCGUCGCGAUGUGCGCAUGAGACGCCGUGAGAAUAAGUCAUCCAAAGAUUGGGAUGAGUAUGAUGAGGAGGCUGCCUAUGACCAAGCCAGGCGCACCGCGACUCCGGAUUCCUACGGCCAACAACCGGGUAUGCCCACCCCCAACCCGGUCCUUGAUGGAAGUGACCGCCCCAGAUCCGUGUCCAAUGCUAGUAAUGCUUCCUUCGCUCCUCCUCGUCGCCCAAGCAUGGACGAAAUAGCUCAGAACUAUCAGGCUAGCAGUGGAUACCAGUCCAUGGCUCCUCCACAGACCUCAGGAUAUUCUCAGAUGCCACAAUAUGGAACCAGCCAAAGCCAGUACCAGAGCCAGUAUGCUCCUCCCCAACCCGCUGCUCCCUUGAUGCAACCUCCCCAAGCUCCCUAUUCCCAUCAGUCCCACCAGUCCCACCAGUCCCACCAGUCCCACCAAUCUCACAAUGGCUAUCCAAGCCCAUCCGGGAUGCAUAUGGGACAGUCUUAUGGGUACAUGCCGAACCAGAACUACCAGCAAUCGCACUAUGAGCAGCCUGCCCCUAUCCGUCAAGAAUCUGCGGUUGAAUACGCUCAGCCUGCUUCCGAAUAUCGCCGCCCUUCUAUUCCUCAAUCCACUCAGCAGUAUCCCGGUCCGAACCAAAUGAUUCCUCCCUACAACCCAAUGGAUCAGUACAAUCGGCCGCAACACCUGAACCAGCAACUCCAACCCUUGCAGACCCCAAGCCACAGCCAACCUCCAGCGUCAACACCUUCUGCAUUGCACAUGCCUGGCCCACACUCUCUGGCUCCCCUGAAGACACUGCAACCACCGGCCCCUGCUGAGAAGCUUGAACCCGUUUCUCCCUCGUAUCAAUCUCCUCCAAACUCGAUGCAAUCUGCUCCAAUGUCUGCGACGUCCGAUGCCCCCCAGAGUCAUGGCUAUCUGGACUCUCGACCACCGUUGGCUAAAUUCGUUCCUCAGUCUGGUAUUGGACAGAAGCGCUCUUUCUCUAGCACCUUCGACACUAAACAUGUAACGGAGCGUCUGCAGCAGGGUGCACGACCCAACCCCUCUGGACCUAACUACGGCUACGACAGCACGUACGACGAGCCGGACAUGGAGGAGCCCAUGGACAGGGCAGCAAUGAGCUACCGUCGUGCAGAUGGCACUCAUCGUCAGCGUCAUGUUCCUGAACUCGGAGUUUAG